AUGCACCCAGCAGCGUUUGCACUGCUAGAAGAGCAAGAGUGGGCGGAAGAUCGGAGCAGACGGAUCGAUGGACGAUAUCGCUACAACACUGGCGAGAGGAUGGGUCGCAGUGAGGAGCUCAGUGACUUUCAGCGUGGCACCGUCGUAGGAUGCCACCAGUGUAAAAAGUCAGUGCGUGAGAUUUCAGCCCUGUUAAACCUGCCACGGUCCACAGUGAGCGCCGUCAUUUUGAGGUGGAAACGCGGUGGAAUAACCACGGCUCUGCCUCGGAGCGGCCGACCGCACAAGCUGAAGGAGGAGGACCGUCAAAUGCUGGAGCAGAUCGCGGUGGAAAAGUGUUUGCCCUCGGUAAAUGCUCUCACCACUGAGUUUCAAAGCGCGUCCGGAGUCGAGGUGAGCCCCAAGACUAUCCGCCGGGAGCUGCGGGAGAUGGGCUUCCGCGGCAGAGUAUCUACGUAUAACAAGCCCGCAGGAAGGAAGAAAGCAAAGACGAAACAGGCAGCCGCCUGCCCAGAUGAGGCCCAGGUGGAUGUGUCUCAUCUGGACCUGCGUGUUGGACGUAUAAUCUCAGCCUUGCAGCUUCCAGGGACUGACAGUCUGUACAGGGAGGAGGUCGAUGUUGGAGAGGCUUCUCCACGGACGGUGGUCAGCGAUCUGGUCAAGCAUGUACCUGUAGACCAGAUGCAGAACCGCAUGGCAGUUCUGCUGUGCAACCUGAAACCAGUCAAGAUGAGUGGAGUUGUGUCCCAGGCAAUGGUCAUGUGUGCCAGAUCUCCAGACAACGUCGAAAUCCUUGAUCCUCCGAGUGGAGCAGCACCAGGGGACAGAGUUACCUUCCAGGGUUUUCCAGGUGAACCCGACAAAGAGCUGAACCCUAGAAAGAAGGUGUGGGAGCAGGUUCAGUCUUAUUUACGCACAGACGGCCAAUGUGUCGCAACCUACAAGGGAGCUGCCUUUCAAGUCGAUGGCAAGGGAGUGUGCAAAGCCCAAACCAUGAGCAACAGUGAAAUCAAAUAAACGAACAGAACUGCUUGAAAUAGCUAAGCACAAAUCCCUGCAGCCGGACAGGUUCCAAAAUGUUGUGGAAAAAGCCUUCCUGGAAGAGUGGAGGCUGUUAUUGCAACAAAAAGGGGGGAGCAACUCCAUCUUAAUGCUGGUGGUUUUGGAAUGACACGUCCAGCAACCACAUGGGUGUCAUGUUUGAGUGUACACAUACUUUUGUAGUGUAAACCAAGAGAAGUGAAAACAGUAUGUUGUCCCCUGUUGGACAGAUAUGAACAUUACUGCUGCACCAUUUUUAUGAAAAGCUGUACUUCUGUAUUUGGUCAGAGGAUGGCACUACAGUACCAAUGAUGAUGUGAAGCAUGUGGGAAUGAGAAUGUACUGCAAGUAUAGUUAUUCCCAGGAAUAGGUACAGUCAUACCCAGUAUGGUAAAAUGAACAAGGGAAAUGAAAUUCUGCAGAAGAAUUUGGUUGGGGAAUGUUCGAGGAUAUAUAUACAGUAAAGGCUUUCCCCUGACGCCUCAGCGAUCAUUUCCACAGAACAAUGGAUGAAAAUCCACAGUGCAGAAAUCCCUUUUUAAAACAGAAACACUUAAUAGUUUUGCUUUUGAUAGGAUGAAAAGUUCAAAUGUCUCACAGCAUGUAUCAGUAUGUGUAAGCCUUUGAACAUGUUUUAUUUAUGUAAUCUAUCUAAUUCAUUACAUAUAUGAUCCAGACAAGGUUGUUCUCAAUAAUCCUGCAUUUAUCUGCAGUUUUCCAGGAAAUCAAAUACAGUUUUGAAUCAUUGAUUUGGAUGUGCAAUGAACUUUUAUUUACUGUUUCUUCACCUGUGAUGCAUUGUGUGCAGCUGUUGUAGAUUGUUACUAUUGUUACUAUUACAGUUUCAAUGGUAAACGGUAAAUGGACUGUACUUAUGAAGUGCUUUUCUAGUCUUUUUGACCACUCAAAGUGCUUUUAAACUACAUGUCACAUUCAUACACUGAUGUAGCAGGGGCUACCAUACAGGGUGCCAACCUGCUCAUCAGGAGUAGACUAACAUUCACAUUCAUACACCGUUGGCACGGCCACCGGGAGCAAUUUGGGGUUAAAUAUUUUGCCCAAAGAUACAUUGACAUGUAGACUGACUGGAAGAGCUGGUAAUCGAACUGCUAAACUUCUGAUAAGUGGACGGCCGCUCUACCUCUUGAGCCACAGUCGCUUAACUGAACCUUAAGUUUGCUAUGUUUUUGUCUCAGCUUCCUUUCAUGAUUGCUUGUAACCCUCUUCUUAGAAAGGUUAAUGAGAGUGAAAAACGAAAAAUAAACCAACACAUCUUUGUGUUUAAAUAAACUGUCUUUUGUUCUUUCCCUUGGGUGGAGGAGAGA